AUGCCAAAAGCGGGUGCAUUUCUGUGGAAUCAACGUAUGAUGAUUCAAGUAACUUGCCGUGGCUUCGCAACUGCACAGUACAUGCAACCUGAACCCGCCAAGUACGCCUACGCCCCGAAUCUCGAAGCCAAAACAUUCAUGCAACCGGAGCAAAAUUACUACGCGCAUCAUCCCGGCCGUUUUGUAUAUGUCAAAGAUGAGGAAACCAGCGAGAUCUUCUCCGCCCCAUACGAGCCUGUCCGGGCGAAACUAGAUCGGUUUACAUUCGACGUGGGUAAGAGCGACAUCAAGUGGAUCGUAGAGAAACUUGGCGUACGUGUUGAGAUGACCUUCUUGUUGCCGACAGAUGAUGUCGCCGAGCUGUGGAGCAUCAAGGUUACCAAUAUCUCAGAUCGUAAGCGAAAACUGAGCAUUUAUCCUUACUUUCCCCUGGGUUACAUGUCGUGGAUGAAUCAGGAAGCGGAAUGGAACGAAAAUGUCGGGGGCGUUGUUGGAAGCUGCAAAACACCAUAUCAAAAAGCUGAAGAUUACCCGAAAACCAAGUAUCUAAAGGACAAGACAUAUUUCCUGUGCGAAACGCCGCCGGUGGCGUGGGAAGCAAAGCAGGAAGCGUUCGAGGGUGAGGGAGGACUCCAAGCGCCAUCUGCCCUGCAACAGCCACGAUUAUCAGGCAGCGACGCUCGCUACGAGACUCCAACUGCGGCAGUGCAAUAUGUGGCUGACCUGGACAAGAAUGAGAGUAAAGAGUAUCGGUUCCUAUUCGGCCCUGCGUAUGACGAGGCAGAGAUUCUCGAUAUGCGCAAGAAAUACCUUAGCAAAAUGGCAUUUGCCCAAGCUGCUAAAGACUACGAAGAGUACAUUCAGAAAGGUAGCGGAUGCAUACAUCUCGAGACACCGGACAAGGACCUCGAUAACCUUGUCAACAACUGGCUACCACGACAGUUGUACUACCACGGCGAUGUGAAUCGUCUUACGACCGAUCCCCAGACAAGAAAUUAUCUACAAGACAACAUGGGAAUGAGCUUCAUCAAGCCAGAUGUGGCUCGAAAAGCGAUAUUGACAGCGGUUGGCCAGCAAGAAAAGAACGGUUCCAUGCCAGAUGGUAUCUUGCUCGCAAAAGGCGCGGUGCUCAAGUACAUCAACCAAAUACCGCAUACCGAUCAUUGCGUCUGGCUCCCCAUCGCCCUGGAGAUCUACCUGAGUGAGACAGGCGACUAUGAAUUCCUUGACGAAAAAGUCACCAGCAUGUAUGGUGAUACCUACACGGUCUUCGAACGCUUCAGCCGGGCCAUGGAUUGGCUCCUCUCCUCCAACGCCCGCGACGCCCGCGGUCUCUCGUACAUCGCUCAAGGCGACUGGUGCGACCCGAUGAACAUGGUCGGCCCCAAAGGCGUUGGUGUAUCCGGCUGGCUCACCGUCGCAACCGCGUACGCAGUAAAUCUCUGGGCCCGCAUCUGCACCGACUUCGACAAGCCCACCGAUGCACAAAAAUACCACUCGGGCGCCCAGCAAGUAAAUGCGUCCGCAAACGAGCAUCUCUGGGACGGCGACUGGUACGCCCGCGGCAUCACCGACGACAACGUCACCUUUGGAAUCUCCGACGACAAAGAAGGCCGCAUCUGGCUGAACCCACAAGCCUGGUCUAUCCUCGGGGGCGCCGCCUCAUCCCAGCAAAUCGAAAAGAUACUCCCACAAGUCGAUGCCCAACUCAACACUCCCUACGGCGUCGUCAUGUUCGGCCCUCCCUUCACAGCCAUGCGCGAAGACGUCGGCCGCGUAACGCAAAAGUACCCAGGCCAAGGCGAAAACGGAUCUGUCUACAACCACGCUGCCGCCUUUUACGCCUGGGCCUUGUACACCAUCGACGACGUCGAUCGCGCUUACAACACGCUGCGUGCCAUGAUCCCCGGGCCCGACGAGCAGGACCUGAUACGCCGCGGUCAGCUCCCGAUUUUCAUCCCCAAUUACUACCGCGGGGGUGUCUACACUAGCAAUCACUGCGCACCCGCGUACUCGUAUUCGCUGUAA